CGGCCACACCGCAUCACACCCACACCAACGCACGCCACAGGAGAGACCGACCGCGCGCGCGCGCUCGAACACGGCACGGCGGAGCCGCCACCACCUGAGAUUCUGGCGCCCGGACCCACCUGCCACCAGAGACCCGCCACCCCGCCACCUCGUUGACAAUGGCGGUGGCGCGGCUGCGCUCGGCAACCGCGGCGGCGGCGGCCCGGCUCCAGCCGGCGCUCGCGGGCCGGCGGCGCCUCGGGACAGCGGCCGCGGCGGAGGCCCCGGAGGCGGUCGUCGGGGCGGGCAGCGCGCGGUGGGAGCCGAUGGGGGCGCGGGAGUACUACGACUACCGGCGCGCCAUCUACGGCGACAUCACGCACAAGGCCAUCCUCGUCGACGCCGCCGGCACGCUCCUCGCCCCCACCGAGCCCAUGGCCCAGGUGUACAGAACAGUAGGCGAAAAGUAUGGGGUGAAGUACUCGGAGGAUGAGAUCUUGAUGAGGUACCGGCAGGCAUAUGCGCAGCCAUGGGGCAGAUCGCGGCUUAGGUAUGUUGAUGAUGGGAGGCCCUUUUGGCAACAUAUAGUUAGUUCUUCUACAGGCUGCUCAGAUUUACAGUACUUUGAGGAACUUUAUCAUUACUAUACAACUGAGAAGGCCUGGCGGCUCAUUGAUCCUGAUGCUAAAUAUGUUUUUGAAGCAUUGAGAAGGGCUGGUGUGAGAACAGCUGUUGUAUCCAACUUUGACACCCGUCUCCGGCCACUGUUACAGGCCCUGAAUUGCGAUCACUGGUUCGAUGCAGUUGCUGUAUCUGCUGAGGUUGCAGCAGAAAAGCCAAACCCAACAAUAUUCCUGAAGGCCUGCGAGUUGUUGGACGUGAAGCCUGAAGAGGCUGUGCAUAUUGGCGACGACCGUCGGAAUGAUUUGUGGGGAGCUAGGGACGCAGGCUGCGAUGCCUGGCUCUGGGGCAGUGAUGUUCACUCCUUCAAGGAAGAGUGGCAUUUCGCUGUCGGUGUAGUUGGGGAUUAUACACUGCAAAUAAAGAUCUGGCAGCUGUAUGCUGUUACCACGAUCAGUUCAUUUGGAGCAACUGUUGUAUUACAGAUUACUCGGUUAGGUGCACCUGGUCGCUGAAAGGAUCGGAGUCAGUGUUGGAAUGGGCAACAAUAUGUGAUUCACCACGCUUGCUUGUAAGCGGGCUCCGCUGCGCCUGGCGGGCGGUCAGUUCGGAUCGCUGCCCUUCCCUUCUUCCUGUCGAGUAUAUGCUCGCCGAGCCCCCUGAGCUUCAAUAAAAAGGCUGGGAGGUGGUGCUUAGGUUGCCUCCUCUGUACAUAGUGCCGACCCUUCUUUGCUCAGGUGUGUGUGUGGCUGUCCGGCCGCUGUACAUAUUUUCCAGGGAAGUGAGAACUGAUGGCAGUGUCUCUCUGUGACAAGGCCUUAAUUUCCUAAGUCUAUAUUGUAGCAACAAUGUACGUAUGUAAUUAAGCGAACUCGAUUUACCCUUUGGAUC